AUAGGUUUUAUAAAUACGGCCGACCUACUUCUUAAUACGCUUAGUAAUAACGAGCUAGAGGUAGGAGGGUACUUAAUAUAUAACAUAAAUAAGGACCUAUUUAAUAACGAGGGCGACGAGUCUUAUCGUUUUAAUAUAUCUAACGUUAAAUCUAGCGAAGACUUAGACCUAUUAAAAAGAGGGCAGUUAGAUAACGAUUAUAAUAAUUUAGACAUUUUAAACAAAAGUUACGGGCCUAGUAUAAAAGAAGAUAAUAGUAAUAUAGAGUAG